UUUUUCAGAUAGAAAAUAGUAAAACCGAAACCGGAAUGUCGAUGGUCGGAAAAUGUUCAUAGAGAUGGCUUGAGAGUUGUCCUUCGCAAUAAACGAGUUAAUUCACCGGUUUCUUUUCUGAAAUGGAAUUAUAAGGAAGCAGAGAGCAACUAUAAUGGCUUCAGAUAAUCGUAACAACCAAGACAAAGUCAAAUUACGAGAGGGAAAGGAGAAACGACAAAUUAGUAAGCUGAAGAAGUUAAAGAGGAGAAUUUCUGCCAGCUUUGGUCGACUAUCUAUUUCCAAAGAGGAUACAAUACACGAAAGUGAUCAAGAGUCUGAUCCAGGAUUUCAAGGAACAAACGGUUAUUCAGUCUUUGAGAAUUCCACAUCCCCACCAAACCUAGCUCUACAGAGGUGCAGCUACAAAGAUGACUACAUGGGUCCUAACAGCAUCACACACCCCGCCAACAGACACCCUGACGGAUACCACACGCUAGGUCGGCCUGCGGUGGUUCCUCGUAGUUCCAGCAAGAAGCAUGCCCCAGUAAAGCGACACCAUUCCGCGGGGGACAUGCUCGAUGGAUUAGAGAUUGAAUCAGGAGUAGACGGACACAGCAAGCACGAGCGGCCCCGAUCCGAGGGCCACAAAUACAUGAACCAGUUCUCACCCAAGAGGACCUCUAGUUAUGGGGGUAACUCUCCCUUUGGAAGAGCAGAUUCCUACCAGAAGCUAGAACAGCUGGGGGAAGGAUCUUAUGCAACAGUAUUCAAAGGAUUUAGUUCAUUAACCAAUCAAGUGAUAGCAUUGAAGGAAAUCCGCCUACAGCAGGAGGAGGGGGCUCCAUUCACUGCAAUACGAGAAGCCUCUCUUCUACGUGGGUUAAAGCAUGCCAACAUUGUGACCUUACAUGAUAUCAUUCAUACCAAGGAAACUCUGACUUUUGUUUUUGAAUUUGUACAUACAGAUCUUAGUCAAUAUUUAGAAAAACACCCAGGUGGUUUAAAUGCAUUUAAUAUCAAGUUAUUUUUAUUCCAAUUGCUCAGAGGCCUAAACUACUGUCAUCAGCGAAGAAUUUUACACAGAGAUUUUAAACCCCAGAAUCUGCUGAUCAGUGAGUUAGGUGAACUGAAAUUGGCAGACUUUGGUUUAGCCCGAGCCAAAUCGAUUCCUAGCCACACCUACUCCCAUGAGGUGGUGACUCUGUGGUACCGCCCACCUGAUGUCCUGCUGGGCUCCACUAACUACUCCACAUCUCUAGACAUGUGGGGUGUAGGUUGUAUUUUCACAGAAAUGAUCUCUGGCAGUGCCACAUUUCCUGGAAUGAAAGAUGCAUAUGAUCAACUAGAUAAAAUUUUCAGGGUGCUGGGAACCCCCACAGAAAACACUUGGGAGGGAGUGUCUAAAUACCCUCAAUAUGACAUCAAAAAAUUUGUCACAUACCCAAAGUUAUCCUCAUUAACUGAGGCUAUUCCAAAAAUGGCAUUCAUCCCCAAUGCUGAGAGCAUCGCAGUGCAAUUCCUUCAGAUGAUUCCUUCCAGGCGAAUCUCCGCUCACAAAGCCCUGCAUCACGACUACUUCGGAGACCUGCCUCCCAAACUGUUUGAACUUCCUGAUGCUGCCUCCAUCUUUAACAUUCCUGGAUUGAAGCUGUUACCUGAAAUGGACGAGCUGAUCAACCAGUCCCUGACCCCCGCCAAACCCCAGGAGCGCACUCGUAUACGCACAACCCUCAAAGUAUAGUCCUUAACCUGCAGAUUGCUGUAGUCUUAUUGUGCCAAGUUCCCUUUUUCACUUGUCUUCACCAGUGCUGAUCCAAGUCCUGCUCCCCACGUACACAAACCAUGAUGAAGUUUUCCAUUAGUAGAUUGUAGUUUUAAAAAAGCCCACAGCAUUGCCAUAGGACCUUAUAGCUCACUUGUCUGAGAGUAUAGCCAUCCACAGGAGACACCAUCCAUUAGAUCAGUAGAAUUCAUUCACCCCAUAUUUUGCCAAAAUUACAUCAAAGGUUGUUUUUAUUCAUUGACUUGAAUGUCUUUCUCCAUUAUUUUUUAUUGUACACAAGAUCUGAUUGAGAGAAAGAGCUUGAUGAUAAAACUGUGUGAGAGGAUAUAUGUAUUAUUGUCUCAUUUUAAUGUCAAAUCUGGAAGAAAAUUUUCUGCCCUCCAUUUUGUUUUUUUCAGCAUAUUUUUUUUAAAUAAUUGUGUACAGUUACACCAUUUAUUGUGAAUAUUUUGUUUGUUUCUGUUUAUUUCACUUGAUUCAUGAAAUUUUUUUGUGGAUUAUAUUUUUUUCUAGUCUACUUACACUACAGUAUUUUAAAGUUUAUAAUAAUUAUUGUUUCAGUAUAAUGUCAAGUAGAAAAAAAUUGUCUCCAAACAUAUAUAUGAAAAAAAAAAUCAGAUGCAUUGGUUUAAUGUUAAUAAUAGUGUAUGCAGUUGGCAAAAAAAGAAAAUCAAAAAUAUAUGCACUAAGAACAACUUAUAUUUAGCUUAAGUUUAAUUUCUUAGAAUUAUAUAGUGAUUAGAAAUGCUCAAAGGCAGAAGAAUGAAUGUACACACAGUAAAACUCGGUUAUAACGAAGUCGCUGGGACCUCUGAAAUUACUUCGCUAUAUCCGUAAUUCGUUGUAUCCAUAUAAGGAAUUUGUUAAAUUUAUAUAGCUGGGGAUCCAAAAUACUUCACUAUAUCCGUGAAUUCGCAAUAUCUGUGUUCGUAAUAACCUAGUUUUACUGUACCUGUGUAUUAUAAUAAUGGCAAAAUAAUCUAAUUUGUCUCUGGACUCUAGUCAAAUGAUGAGGACAAUAUUGUAUGGCAUGUACAUUUAUAACGAAGUGUUCAUGUAAUGUUUAAACAAAAAAACUAAAUGAUGUAAAAAGCUCAGCUAACCUGAAUGUAAUCAAAUAUUUUUUCCUAGUAUCACUAUAAUUAACAAAAUUUAAUUUUGAAAUAGAUUUGGGACCAAAUAAGCACUUGUAAAAGGGUUUGCUGAAAAUAAAACCUACACCUUUCUUCUUCAAAGAAAACAUUUGAUUUUUAUUUGAAUUUUUUACCAGAUUGUGUAAUUAUUCUGUCAGCUGUCUUAUUGAGUUGUUUAUUUUUAGUUUGGAUUUGUGUGUGGCUUGUGCUUUCUCCAGUCGUAAAAUCCGUACGAUUAUAGCAAGUAUUUUAUUCAUACUUCUGAUGUGGUCAGCUUUGCUGCUUAUUAUAGCAUUUAAAAAUGCAUUGUGAUUUUUUUCUUAAGCAUGUGAAUGUGAUAGCUAGUAUUUAAUGAAGCUGUGAGUUUUGUUCCCCAGAAAAUGUUUAAAAAGUAAUCAAUGAUUUUUUUUUUUAUUGUUUGUAUAUAAAAUCCGAUUUUAUGUGUAAUUUAUGUGUUGAACAUUUCCACAUCUGUUCAGAGAUUUUGUAGCAUUUAGUACAUCAAUUCUAAGUUCCUCUUUCUCUUAUUUCAGGUAAUAAAUAAGUGCUCUGAAUUUUUACUCUCUUUUUUCACAAUGUUGAGGUCUAUUGAAUUCUACGUGUGAAAUUUAUCCUUUAGUUUUAUAGAAUCUAGUCGUAAAAAAUGCUUUGACAGCUUUAUUUUUUCAGAUAAAUUUUGCCUUUUAGCAAUAGAGAGCACUUUUUCAAAACUGAGUUUGGAAUUAUCUGAAUAUCAUUUCCUGUAAUUUUAGAAAUCUUGACAGAUGUUGCUUUUAUUGGAAGAUUCUAUAAAGUUACUAAAAUGUGGAGAAAAUAAGAGUCUUGCUUUUCUCAAACAUUUUCUGCCAUCUUUAUAAAAUCAUUCCACAUAUUUUGCCAAUCAGUACAUUUUCAAAUUAAUGUAUUAUGUGAUCCUUUUUUUCUCUCUCUUGAAUCUCAUCAAAACCGGACACAAACUUGUCAGACAUGUUUAGAGCCCUCUUAUGUCAUUUAGUUGCUUUUGUGAUGAGGUACAGUUUGCAUUGACAAACAGAAUUUUACAUUUCAAUAAAUAAUGUUGAUGUAAUAUUAAA